AUGAAGAGGCUGCAGCUCCAACGAUGGAGCAGAACAGUCCUUUCGCCGCGGGCUCGGACUGGUAAUCGGCUGCAUCAACAAAUCUACUCUGCCGGAUUGCGAUACCAGUCAACGGCGUCUCCUCUUCAGGCAGAGCCUGCCGUUCAAGACGGCAUUGGCAGUCUGGGUCUUCAGGAUCGUGAGCUGAACCAGCACCUGAAGAGUGUUCACAAACGCAAGGACCAACUACAAUAUCCCUCUCCUCCGGUCGAAGCCGCCACAAAGUCCGCCAAACUGGCUGCCCUUCACGCUCGACUCUAUCUUCCUUCUCGAUUACCUCUCAACACCUUCGCACGCGCAUUAGUAGACGUCUCCGCGGAUCCAAAUGCCGAUUUCAACAACGAAUCGCUGGCCACACUCGGUCACGACCUCCUCGCCUACUACACCUCCGAGCACCUCCUUUGCACCUACCCUCGCCUACCCCUGUCGGUCGUCUUCACCGCCAUGUACGCUUACGCCGGUCCCAAAACCCUCGCGGCAAUGGCGAGAGAAUGGGGUGUUGAGCAUGCCUCAUUGCCUGGUGGAGAAGUUGAUCCCGGCUUGCUCCAAUUCCGAAGGGUAGAGCCUGGCACCGAUGUGAAUGCGGCAACUGCAGACUCAGCCUCCCAGACACCGAGACCGUAUGCUGUUCAGAAAAACUGGAGGAUGACGGUCACCUCUAAGAUAUUCUAUGAUGAUGAGUUUGGUGAUGCGCUCAAGGGGCCCGCUGCGGCUGGUAAGGGUGUCACCGCUGAGCUAGCGAGUGCCACCUUUGUCCGCGCCGUUAUGGGCGCCAUCUACCUUCAUGCUGGCCGCCCAGCUGCUAAGCGCUUCUUCGAGCAGCACUUCCUCUCCCGUCACCUCAACAUCUCGGAGCUGUUCAACUUCUCCCGACCGGCCCGUGACCUUGCUCGGUUGUGUGCCCGCGAGAACUUCGAGGCUCCCGUCGCUAGAAUCAUCAGCGAGACUGGCCGAAAGAGCAGACACCCUGUUUUUGUCGUUGGAAUCUUCUCUGGCCAGGAUAAGCUGGGCGAGGGCGCUGGCGCCAGCCUGAUCGAGGCCCGGGAACGGGCGGCUCUUUCUGCCCUGAAGGGAUGGUACCUUUACAGUCCACUCAACGUGCGCGUACCCAGCUCCAUGGAGGAAGAGGGUGCUGCGUCUUGGAAGCCUGCAUACGUUGAUCUGGGUGAAGUCAUUGCCUAA